CCUGCAGGUCCUGGCUCCCCAGGAGAAAGAAUGAAGUGAAGGAAGGAGAAAGAAAUUCCAAGACUUUGGCGUCGUCAGUUCUGUGAAUACUUAUGACCAAAGACUGAGAUUUUUGAAGAGACAUUCAGAUCUAAUCCAGGAGAGAAAAAUACAGAGCAUACCAGUUAGCGACCAUUUCCCAAAUUUAGAAGAAAAUGAUCCAAGCCCAGGAAUCACUGACAUUCGAUGAUGUGGCUGUGGAAUUCACCUGGACAGAGUGGCAGCUCCUUGGUCCUGAUCAGAAGGACCUGUACUGGCAUGUGAUGUUGGAGAACUAUAACAACCUGGUGUCUGUGGCUGGCAAACCAGAUGCACUCUCCAAGUUGGAACAAGGGGAAGAACUGUGGACAACAGAAGAUGAAAUUCACUGUCGAAUCUGUCCAGAAAUCAGGAAAGUUGAUGAUCAUCUCCAACGACACUUGCAAAAGCAAAGAAUUCAGAAGUGUGCGGAACAAUGCUAUGAACAUAAUGCAUUUGGAAAUAUUUUUAAUCAGAGAAAAAGUAAUUUUCCAUUAAAGCAACACCAUAUGUUUGACUUGCAUAGAAAAACUUUGAAAUCAUAUUUAACUUUAGAAAACCAGAACACAAGUGGUGACCUAAUAAUGCUUAAUAAGUUUAAUGGAUAUGGACAAUCGUUUCUCCAUGAUAAGCAUGAACAACUUUAUACUGAUAAUAAAUUCCAAGAAAGUGUAAAACUGAACAGCUACAACUCUCAGGUGAUUAAGCAUCAGAGAACUGCUAAAUUAGAGAAAGCCCAUGUAUGCAGUGAAUGUGGGAAAGUCUUCAUCAAAAAGUCUCAGUUCAUUGAUCAUCAGAAGGUUCAUACAGGAGAGAAACCUCAUGGAUGCAGUAUGUGUGGGAAAGCAUUUUCCAGAAAGUCCAGGCUUAUUGAACAUCGGAGAACUCAUGCAGGACUGAAACACUAUGAAUGUACCGAAUGUGACAAAACAUUUCUGAAGAAAUCACAACUCAAUAUACAUCAGAAAACUCAUGUGGGAGAGAAACCUUAUGCAUGCAAUGAAUGUGGGAGAGCCUUCAGCAAGAAGUGUCGGCUUAUUUAUCAUCAGCGAACUCAUACAGGAGAGAAACCUUAUGGGUGUAAUCUGUGUGGGAAAGCCUUUUCUACAAAGUUCAGUCUCUCUACUCAUCAGAAAACUCAUACAGGAGAGAAGCCGUAUACAUGCAGUGAAUGUGGAAAAGGCUUCUUUGAGAAGAGACGUCUUAUCGCACAUUAUCGAACUCAUACUGGAGAGAAACCCUUUAUAUGCAGUGAAUGUGGGAAAGGCUUCACUUUGAAGAACAGUCUCAUCACACAUCAGCAAACUCAUACCAAAGAGAAAUCAUAUACAUGCAAUGAAUGUGGAAAAGGCUUUUCCAUGAAGCACUGUCUCAUUGUACAUCAGCGAACUCAUACUGGAGAGAAACCCUAUAUAUGCAAUGAAUGUGGAAAAGGCUUUCCCCUGAAAAGUCCACUUAUCAGACAUCAGCGAACACAUACAGGAGAGAAACCCUACGUAUGCAGUGAAUGUGGAAAAGGCUUCACCAUGAAGAGCGAUCUCAUCGUACAUCAGCGUACUCAUACUGCAGAGAAACCAUAUGUAUGCAGUGAUUGUGGAAAAGGCUUCACUGUGAAGAGCCGUCUGAUUGUACAUCAACGAACUCAUACAGGAGAGAAACCUUAUGUGUGCAAUGAAUGCGGAAAAGCCUUCCCAGCAAAGAUCCGACUGGUUGGACAUCAGCGAACUCACACUGGAGAGAAGCCCUAUGUAUGCAAUGAAUGCGGAAAAGGCUUCACUGAAAAGAGCCAUCUCAAUGUACAUCGGCGCACUCAUACUGGAGAGAAACCGUAUAUAUGCAAUGAAUGUGGGAAAGGCUUAACUGGGAAAAGCAUGCUCAUCGCACAUCAGCGAACUCAUACUGGAGAGAAACCCUAUAAGUGCAAUGAAUGUGGAAAGGGCUUCACUAUGAAGAGCACUCUAGGUAUACAUGAGCGAACUCAUACUGGAGAGGAACCCUACAAAUGCAACGAGUGUGGUAAAGCCUUCAGGAAGAAGACAUGCCUCAUACAGCAUCAGAGAUUUCACACGGGAAAAACUUUCUUUGCAUGUACUGAAUGUGGGAAAUUCUCUUUGCGCAAAUAUGAUCUCAUUACCCAUCAGAGAAUUCACACAGGCGAGAAACCAUAUGAAUGCGGGGUAUGUGGAAAAGCCUUCACCACAAAGUCAGGACUCAAUGUUCAUCAUCGGAAACAUACAGGAGAGAGGCCCUAUGAAUGCAAUGAUUGUGGGAAAUCUUUUGCCCACUUGUCAAUCCUUGUUAAACAUAGAAGAAUGCACACCUAAUCAUUGUGGAAAGACUGUUCCCAGUUUUGAGUCACGGAUAUUAGUAUUUGUAUGGAAGAAUAAAUGAAUGCAGACAAUGUGGUAGUGUCUUUAGUGAUCAGUUACCUCACAUUAUAUGUCAAAGGAAAGAUGUACAAAUGAAAUAUAAAAAUCAUUCUUAACCAUUUUAUAGGUCAUUUUGUGUCUAAGAAGUAUAUACCGAGAUAAAUCAUAUGAAUGGACAGUCUAGGAAAGACCACAGUGGGAAUAUAGUCUCUGUCUUCAUUGUAACUCAUCAUAUUUGGAUGUGUUUAACCAAGUUUAUAAGUAACAUCACAUAGUUUCUGAAACCAACAUAAAUAUGAUUUUCUAUAUGUUUUUAUUUUUAAAACAAGUUUAAAGUCACAAAAACAAAUAAUCUGGAGAAUUUUCGUGUAUCCUUCACCCAGCUUCUUCCAAAGAUACCAUCAGUUUUAAUAGGCAUACAUUUUUGUUUUUUUCAUGUAUAGUUAGUUUUAUCUCAUGUAUAUGUGUAAUUAGAAGCACAUCUGUGCUACAGUGAAUUAAUAUAUCCCUUCUGGCCAUAGUUUGUACCUCCCUCCAGAUGACUGGGUGAGGACUAUACAAAUGAGGUGCUGUGGCCAACCAAUGGGAUUGGAUGCUAAUAAUGUAAAUAAGGGCAAAGCACCAUUGUGGGGUGGGGCCAUAAAAAUAAGAUGUAUGGAAUACUAAAGAGGGAAUUGGUCAGUUUUGCCAUCUUGAUAGGCUUAAAAGAGCAGUCAAUCCCAGAGCAGAAGGGCACCUACCACCACCAAGAAAGAAGAGCUAGGAGCUGAGCAUGUCCGUUGGACCCAGGAUCUCUUCACUGAGACCUCCUAGACCCAGGAGACAGAUCUAUAACACCAGAGACAGCGAGAAGCAGCAUCAGCGAAACGGCAGCAUCAGAGGCAGCCAAACCAGGAGACCAGCAGGAGAUGGCGUGGUGGGCUUCCUGGCCCACGGAGCAUAAUGGUUAUGGUAGGUUUGCCGACCCACAGAGUAGAGAAUUGAGUGCCUUUGGGCAGGAGGCUUCCUAGUGGAGUGUGGUGCCACCGUGCACUUGGUGGUAGAGCUAGGCUCACUGACCCACAGAGCAAGGGAGCUGAGCACCUUCAGGCCGAGGCUUACCAGCAGAGUGGAGUGCCGCUGGGCACUUAGCAGCAGAGCUAAAAGAGCUUUGUAACAUUUGCCUGAGCAUGGCAGAGGUCUAGGGGCUAGAGAGAGGUGUGCCUGUUGGCAAGACUGAGAAGAGGCUUUCCUGAUCAAAGAACUGUAUCCUAAGCAUUCCUGAACCUGAAUUGUAACCUGUUACUUCCCUAACCAAAAAAACCCAAACCUGUUGCCGUUGAAUC